AUGAAUUCUACCAAUGGCAUUCAUCCAGCUAUAGAAAGGGCGUGGUCUGCCGCGGUGAUGGACAGCGACCCUAUUCCCAAGAACCUGCCCAAAGUAAAGGGCUACGACUUCAACGAAGGGGUACAAUAUGAUAAAAUAUUUGCCACAUUGUCAACUAUGGGAUUUCAGGUUGGUAUAUGUCUUUGUUGCGUAUUCAACGACAUGCUUGACUGCAAGUUGCGAACGAUUCCCAAGCUGGAGAAAGGUUCCUUCCAUAAGGCGUUUAUCUCCGAGGGUCGCAGAACAAGCAACUGUACCAUAAUGCUCGGGUACACAUCCAACAUGGUGUCAUCUGGUAACAGGGAAGUGCUCAAAUAUCUGGCAGAGCAUAAUAUGGUGGACUGUAUCGUCACCACUGGUGGGGGUGUGGAGGAGGAUUUAAUCAAAUGUCUCCAUUCUUUCUACAUCGGCGACUUUUCAUUGCAGGUAUGCUGCAGUUUAGUAACAGACAAAAUAGGAAACUUGAUCGCGCCAAACUCUGGCUACAGUAAACUCCACGCUUGGCUCAGUCCUAUACUGGACGCCAUGUCAGAUGAACAGAAGAAU